AUGAUAUUUAUUACAUAUUUCCUGUUAUUAUUCCUACCUAUUGUCCAAUUAACCAUUUCUAAUACAUGGUCGACAACAUCAACUAAUUGUGUAUGGCAUGAAUAUACUGCUAACAAACAUCUUAGUAAAAGGAUUGAUUUACGGGAUAUACGUAAUCAACUUCUAACGGUUGCAUUGGAUAAUGAAACUUAUUAUUUCAAUCCGUGUAAAACAUUCAAUCUUCCAAUAAAUGAUGAUCCAUAUACAGUUAAUGGUGAACAAUGUCAUAAUGUUUUAGGUUGUAAAAAAAUACAACUAAGACAAGAUUAUUAUGAAUAUUAUACAAAUGCAAUUAAAUUAAAUUCAACUGUAUUAUCAACAAUAACACCAUUAACACUUCAAUAUUAUGGAUCAAAGUCAUAUGCAAAUAAAAAAAUGCACGUUCGAUGUGAUUGCAAUAGACGUAUACAUCGUGCGCAUUUUAAAUUCGUUGAAUAUCAGCAUAAUAUAACACCAGUUUUCUCUUUAACACAUCGUUGUUGUUGUCCAAACGUUUGCGGAGGCAAUACAUUUCCAAAAGGACUUUUAUUAGUUUUAUUGUUGGUUAUUUUAUUUAUUAUUGGUACAGCUGUUUGCAUUUUUUUUCAAUGUCGUCGACAUUAUCCUGAACGAAAUACAUACGGAGCAGUAGCUACUACAAAUUUAAAUAUCAAUACAUUGGAACCAUCACAAGGAGUUAAAAUUGGUUUAACGGAUACUUAUCAUCGAAGUGGGACUCAUAAACGACCACGUAGUAAAUCAAUAGUUCCUGUUCUAGAAAAUUCCAUAAUAUCUUCUCAAGAUUUUAAAGUUAUUAAACGCUUAGGUGUUGGUGAAUUAGGCGGUGAAGUAUGUGAAGGACGAUGGAAUGAAAAACUAAUUGCAGUAAAAACUUUACGUAUUGGUGUUCAUCCGGAAAAAUUUUCUCAAACUGAAAAAACCUAUUUGGAAAAUGAAAUUGGUUUAUUAAGUCAUGUACGUCAUAAAAAUUUAACAGCAGUUAUUGGCAUUUGUUUUGAUAUUGAUAUUUAUCCUCGAAUACUUUUAUCAUUUGCUGAACAUGGUACAAUUAUUGAUUUUAUACGACGUUUUCCAACAAAAGUUGAUUGGUCAUUAAGAUUAUCAUGGUGUAUAAAUACAUCAGAUGCACUUGCUUAUUUACAUCAAUCAAAAAUACUUCAUAGAAAUUUAAAAUCAUCAAAUCUUCUUAUUGGAGUUGAUUUACGUGUACAUGUUUGUGAUUACGGUCUUAUUCCGAUUCUUCAACCACUUCGUGAAGCAUGUGAUAGUGAACGUUGUUUAUGUAAAUUAAGUCAUCCAGCAUUACCAGUUUCAAUACGUUGGUCAUCACCAGAAAUACUAUCGAAUCCAUCGGAUAAUUCAAGAUUUAAUACUUCCUGUGAUGUUUAUUCAUUUGGUGUUUGUCUUUGGGAACAAAUACGUUUAGAACAACCAUAUGCAGACAUUAAAGAUGAAGCUGAAGUUAGUCGAAUCAUUGUUGAAGGACAACGUUUAGUAUCAUUUGAAGAAACAAUGACGAAUGUUAUGCCUGAAUAUAAUGACAUAAUGAAUGCUUGUUGGGCAGAAAAUCCUACUAAUCGACCAACAUUUGAACGUAUCGGACAACUUCUACGAGAUGCAUUACCGAAAGUAAAACAAUUUCAAAAAGCAACUAUGAAACAGCGACGUUCAUCAAUAACAAAUACAACUGAUAUACAAGAAGAACAUUCAUCUUUAUUUCGACUUGAUUCGAGAAUGUCUACAGAUACACCAAAACCAUAUCAUCCGAAUGUUUAA